CAGGGGAAAAACCUCUUCCUAGCGAGAUUUCCCCACCCGUCUUCUUCCUCCGAAACCCUAAUCCCCAAAUCGGAGAAUCGGACCCAGCCCGGCGCCGCGGAGAGCAUCCCCCCGUCGACCGGCAUGGCAAUUGCUCGCACUGGCGUGUACGUGGACGACUACUUGGAGUAUUCGAGCACCCUGGCCGGCGACCUGCAGAGGAUCCUCUCCACCAUGCACGAGCUCGACGAGAGGGCCCAUGGCAUUUUGGGUCAGACAAAAGGGCAGAUCAAAUAUCUCCUGGGGGUGCCAUCCCAUGGGUUCGACAGGCCAAACGUGGUGCAUGAUGAAAAUGCCUCGGAGAAGAUGACGAGGGAUAUUGAAAAUAGCCAGGACAACGCGCUUAGUCUCUGCACGGAGAAAGUGUUGCUCGCACGCCAAGCUUAUGACCUGAUAGAGAGCCAUAUCAAACGUCUUGAUGAAGACCUAGGCCAGUUUGCAGAAGAUUUAAAGCAAGAAGGAAAAAUACCUCCAGAUGAACCGCAUAUCCUUCCUCCAAUGCCGGUGGGUGGCAGGGAUGAAAGACGGAGGUCCAGUUUUAGUACACCCCAAGCAGCAAGGAAGUUUGUCAGAGAGAAGGAAUGGGAUAGGGAUAGGGAGAGAGGUAUGGACUUCGACUUAAUGCCCCCUCCAGGUAGCAGCAACAAGAAGGCCGUUGCAUCUAUGGAUGUGGAUCAAAUGAUUGAUCCAAAUGAACCAACAUAUUGUAUAUGCCACCAGGUUUCAUAUGGUGAUAUGAUUGCUUGUGACAAUGAGAAUUGUGAAGGAGGCGAAUGGUUCCAUUACUCGUGCGUUGGUCUGACACCAGAAACAAGAUUCAAAGGGAAAUGGUUUUGCCCAACUUGCAGGAAUCUUCAAUGAGAGGUUCUCCUAAAUUGUGUUGACGAGGCGAGCGGUUCCGGUCGGCCCAGACUUUCCGCAACAUGCAGGACUCUUCAACACGAGGCUCUCAGAAGCUUUUCUUGGACAGGAGGAUACCAAAUGGUACAUGUUUCAAUUUGUAAGGAGGCGUUUGCUUACAGUGUGGUCUUAUUUUGGUAAUAAUGUAUAUGCUGGAGAGGACGCGACUGUUCUAGAGAAGGAUAAAAAAGCUUGGCGUGUUCUGUUGUUGUAUCUUGUCGCCGCAAACAAUCUAUCAUAGUUUCAGGUGUUGGUAACCUGGUAACUAUUUUACUUUGGUCGUGAUGUCUAUUAAGCGUCAUCGCAACCUUUGCUCGCA